UUCUUGUAUGAUUUUGUUAAAUUCUUUUGAUUAUCAUUAACCGCCAAUUGUAAAUGCCGUAUGAUUUUAAUAAAUGAAUUUUAAUGUCCAUUAGGACUUCUUUCCAACAAAAAAAAAAACAGUUAUAUUUGAUAAGUAUACGAGUAACACUUAUUAAAACACGAAAGGGGUAUAAUGUGCACACAUACCAAAAAAAAAACAUUAUUGAUAGUAUCCAUCAACGCACACACCCCGGCAUACAAAGAAUUUCCCUUCACUCCAUUUUAAAACCGCUACUAUCCUGUUUCCUGUACAUAACAGACACCAUAUCUAUUUAUCUAUCCACUCAAAAAUGGCAGCUUUCCCUACUAUUCCCUCUAAAUCUCUCUCUUCCUCACAUCAUCAGCCACUUCACGUCGCUUUUCCGACAUCUCUCCGACCGUCUCUAGUUCGAUUUUCCGGCGAAUUAGACCGCCGGCGAAUGAGAGGCGUCAGUGUUGUUGCUCGCGCUGGCCCAACUACCACUCAGUUCAUCUUUGCUUUCGUCUUCCCAUUCUCUCUUCUCGCCAUUACUGUCUUCACUGCUUUUCGAAUUGGUGAUAGACUUGACCAGAAAUUCCUUGAGGAGCUUGCCAUGAAUGAAGCAAUUAGAGAAGCAGAGGAAGAGAUCGAUGAUGCCUCUGAAGUAGUCAUCCCUAAGAAAGAGGAACCUGCACUUUCCCGAGCUCGCAAUAGGCCGAAGCGUGAAGUUUGAAUUCCAACAUUCUACUUGGGAUUGCAAUUACAUAUUUUUAGGGUAGAUCUAAUUUAGGCAUCUUCACCCCUGUAAUUGCUCCAAUCUUUCAUGAGAUGAACUGAAUACACCUCAGUUUGUAUAGCUAUAUCAGUAUAGUGGCUACUACAAUGAUGAAUGCAAUAGUUAUUGUAGAAGUGGUGGAAUCCAUAGAGGAGUUGCCUUUGUUUUGAAAGAAAGUUACCAAAUGAAACUUCCUUUUUCUCUCAAAAUAUUGAGGGACCAUGAUAGUCCAAACCUGCUAGCUGAGCGCGCAGAUUACAAUUA